ACCCGAGCAGCCCGAGGACUCUCCCUAGACGAUCGGGGAUCAUCUGCAGGUCUAAUAUCUUUUGAUAGAGUUGGUCUUCCUCUGCAGAGCCCAGUGGAGCCAGUCCCCACAGGAGCCAAGCCAGAAGGGAGCAUGGAGCUGCUGUCCACGCCCCACAGCAUCGAAGUCAACAACAUCACCUGUGACUCCUUCCGCAUCUCCUGGGCCAUGGAGAACAGUGACCUGGAGAGGGUCACCCAUUACUUCAUCGAUCUUAACAAGAAAGAGAACAAGAACUCCAACAAGUUCAAGCACCGAGAUGUCCCCACCAAGCUUGUGGCCAAGGCCGUGCCACUGCCCAUGACGGUGAGAGGCCACUGGUUCCUGAGCCCCCGCACGGAGUACAGUGUGGCUGUGCAGACGGCCGUGAAGCAGAGUGACGGGGAGUACCUGGUGUCUGGCUGGAGCGAGACGGUCGAGUUCUGCACGGGCGAUUAUGCCAAGGAGCACCUGGCCCAGCUUCAGGAGAAGGCCGAGCAGAUCGCAGGCCGCAUGCUCCGCUUCUCUGUCUUCUACCGCAACCACCACAAGGAGUACUUCCAGCACGCCAGGACCCACUGCGGGAACAUGCUGCAGCCCUACCUGAAGGACAACAGCGGCAGCCAUGGCUCCCCGACCAGCGGCAUGCUCCAUGGAGUCUUCUUCAGCUGCAACACGGAGUUCAACACAGGCCAGCCUCCUCAGGACUCCCCCUAUGGCCGCUGGCGCUUCCAGAUCCCUGCCCAGCGCCUUUUCAACCCCAGCACCAACCUCUACUUUGCGGACUUCUACUGUAUGUACACAGCUUACCACUAUGCCAUCCUGGUGCUGGCCCCCAAGGGCUCCCUGGGAGACCGCUUCUGCCGUGACCGCCUGCCCCUCCUGGACAUUGCGUGCAACAAGUUCCUGACCUGCAGUGUGGAGGACGGGGAGCUGAUCUUCCGCCAUGCCCAGGACCUCAUCCUGGAGAUCAUCUACACCGAGCCCGUUGACCUGUCCCUGGGCACCCUGGGGGAGAUCAGCGGGCACCAGCUCAUGAGCCUGUCCACUGCUGACGCCAAGAAAGACCCCAGCUGCAAGACCUGUAACAUCAGUGUGGGCCGCUAGGGACUCCUGGGGGGCCGAGGGGCUAGGGAGAGGUGACAGGCGGGGUGGCGAUGGGCGGCAUAGGUUCAGGGAGCUGGCUUUCUCUCCCCUGCCCCCCCCUGCUCCCUCCACCCACGGCCUCCCCCUUUCCCACCCCUUGGCCAUAGGGGCAGCAGAGGGUGUCCCCUUGGUAGGCGUGGCCUAUUCACGCUGGUGGACUUGGUAAGCUUCUUAGCCUCCGUAGGUUGGUGGAAGGAGGGUAGAUUUCUGGAGAUUUCCCCAAUCCUGUCUUCCCUGUCCUGCUGUUUCUUGUUUCAUCCUGGCCUCCUCUUCAUGGAAACUUACAGCCUGGGGACCAUCGCUGAGCCGCCUCCAGAGCCCAAGUGUUGCUUGCCCGCCCCCAGAGGCGCUGCGGAGAGCUGAGGGGUGCUGCUCUUUAGCCCCGCCCACCCCACUCAGGGCCAACCACAGAAUACCCCUCCCCUCUGUGCCGGCCCCCCCGGGGCGGGGGGCUUCCCACUCCAGGCCUAGCCCUUUCCCUCUAUACAUAGUCUCCUGCACCGCUCUGACCCCCAGCUGCUCCUUGACCCCCAGCACCCUCUUCCUGCAUGGGGAGUGCUGUCCCUCCCCUUCUCCACCUGCCCUCUAGAAAGGGGACCUCUUUUUCCUCUUGGCUUUGGGGGCUCUGGGCUGUUGGGACUUUUCCUUUCUCGUCUGGAGAUGAUGUAUACCCCAGCGUCCCUUCUCCCUUGCUCAGAGCACUGAGGUCUGCAGUGGCAGCCACUGGGGUCGAGGAGGGGGACAGAGACCCCUGAGACCCAGAGGUCCACCUUCUCAACCGGAAGUGGGCCACCUCCUGCUCCGAGGGGACCCAGUGUGGAACUAAAAUCGAGGGCUCUCCAAAGAGCCCUGGCACCCUGCCUGACUGUGCGCUUUGCUCGCUCUCUCUGCCAUGGCACCGUGACUGCACUGUGCCUGCGUGUGAUCUGGACUGUGGCUUCCCUGCCACCGCACCUCACGCCCUGCCCACUGGCACUGUCUGCUCCCCACUGCGAGCCUGUUGGCGGAGAGCCCCUUUCCUGGGGAGUUCUUGGAGAAGUCUUCCUGGGCCUCCCAGCGUUUUCGCCUGUUUCCUACUUUGGUACGGGUCAUGAGGGUGGUGAGGGUGGACUCCUGGGAUAAGCAAACCAGGUCGGUGGGUGGGUGGAGGUGUGGAUGGAGGCAGCUGGCUGUUCCGGGGGGGUUGGUGGAGGUGAUGUCAGGCAGAGGACAGCAGCCCCCACAGUGACAGCCAGAUUUCCGUAGUGAAGUACAGAAGGGGCCAGAAGGCCAACAAGGCCAUAUCUCAGUAAGGGCGCAGGUGGGACAGCUGGUCGCCUCUUGUGUAGCCACAGGGAGCGGUGUGGUCAGAUGUCUCUGUGGCACAGAGCAGGUCUGGGGUCCCUGGGAGAUGCAUGGAGGGGAGGACAUGGGCCCCUAGGCCUUUUCCACCUCUGCUGACUGCGUUGCUGUGGGGGGUGGCCCACUGCUCUCCCCUGGCCCUGUGUCUGCCCUGAGCUGGGGGCACACCCGCCUGUGUUGUGCUUGCAACGUGCAUCAAUAAACCACCAUGGCCUGAGAGCCCUGACUCUCUUUGAGCUCUAGGUCGGUCGGGGUAGGCAAGUUGUACAAUCACAGAGGAACUCAAUGGGGAUGUCCCCCAGGAGCAGACAUCUGGAACUGUCUCCAAGGGCCUUCCAAAUCUGGCUGUGGGAGGGAGGGCUCAGAAAGCAGAACCGUAUCUCUAGCUUGGAAGGGACUUUGGAGGUCUCUUGGUAUUACCCUGCACUUUGCAGAAGGGGAAACUGAGGCCUCUGAGAAGGGAAACUGUGGCAAUCAGGAGACCUAACCAAGGUCCCCUGUUUGGAGCCCUUCCCAAUGCAGCAGCCUGCCACUGCGUCAGACCCAGAUGCUGCUGAAUUUCCUCCCCCAGAGCCCAACUGUCCCCUCCCCAGCUGGGCUUCUCAUUUGCAGAUCUGAGUCACCUCUGCGUCUAUUAUUAUGGACUUAUUAAAAGGAUCCUCUGCUGGAGUAGAAAAGCUCCAGAAAAAUUAGAGUCACCUCACUGACAUUGCCUGGCUCAGGAUCAAAUGAACAUGUGUCAUCCAGAGCUUGGGGCACAGCCUCCUUGGGCUAGGGGAAAGCUGAAGGGCAAAUGACCGCUUCCUGAGGGCCUACUAUGGGCCAGGCAUUUGACCAGGUGCUUUCACACACAUCAGCUCAUGUAGGCUUCACAAUGGCCCUGUGCUGUAGUAUUCCCAUUUAACAGAUGAAGAAACUGAGGCACAAAAAAGUUAAAAGGCUUGCCCAUUUCUUACAGCUGGUAGGCAACAGUGCCUGGAUUUGAUUCAAAAGCUGGAAUCUUGGGGCGCCUGGGUGGCACAGUGGUUAAGCGUCUGCCUUCGGCUCAGGGCGUGAUCCCGGCGUUAUGGGAUCGAGCC